AUGGGGACUGAAAGCAUGUCUCUGCGCGGGCGCAUGCGGCAGUCCCACCUGAGACAGGUGAGUGCUGCGAGCUUGGAGACCAUCUCGACCAUACGCUCUCUGGACGCAUCCCAACGCGAACAUGGUCCCACGCCGAAUGAGCGCACCGUCCGGGUGUCCUCCAGCUUGGCCCGGCAUCAAUGCACCCUGUGGGUUCACGAUGAGAUGUUUGCGCGCGAAGAGAUUCUCCUGAAUCCAUCGGCCUUUGGCGAAACGGGAGUUCAGGUCGGCGAUGUGGUAGAGAUUCUACCCGUACGCGCGGCUGGAGAUGCGGCCCACUCCGCACUAAAGCCCGAUGCAGCCGUCAAGGCCGGUCGCGAGUUACACGGGGAUAUCAACCCGUCAUCGCAAGCAGAAAACACUUCGAAGUUUAAGACACCGUUGCAAAACCGUUGCUUGUUCGUGGUCAAGCCCCUCCCGCAGGAUAUCAAGACACGCCAUCCGAGAUUGGAGAUCUCCGUGACCAACAGCGUGGCCAAUAUCUUUGGCUUCAAAAACAGGACACAGGUUCUGCUGUCGAUAGUCAAUCGGGAGCAAUGCGCUGCGUCACACGUGGAUAUUUCCUUUCGUGAUCAGUACAUGGUUCGAUCCGACAUGUGGAGGAUGGUCAUGUCGGAACUUGUCGACAAGAUCAUUUACAAGGGUCAGAAAAUCACGUUCAUGGGGAGUGUCAAGGCCACUAUCAAAAACAUCUUUAUUCGGGAGAAGAAGGUCCUGUCCGGGUAUUUUUCAACAAACACCAUCCCCGUGUUCCGAAGCGAGUCGGCUAAAUAUGUGCUCUUUAUUCAAAUGUCAAGAGAGAUGUGGGAUUUCGACUCCGAGGGGUCUGGAGAUAUCCUCUUCAGUCGGGUCAUCAACGGCUUCUUGCCGGAGCUCUUCAAACGAUGGGCCAGUUCCGAUGCAAAGCAUUUGGUUACUAUUGUGCUUUUCACCCGGGUCGAGUACGAUGCAUCUAUCCAUUCAAGCCUGGCCAAGCUUAAUGCCGGAACUUCGAACAAUACCUCAGGCCCAAACAACGUUCCAACACGGGAUUUCUAUCGUGUUGUAGUGAACGACAUGGCCAGUGGCCACUGGACUACGAUUUUGGACGAGCUGAAGAAGAAUUUUCGAACUUUUCUUCGGGAUGUCUCAAUUCUGAAAACAGAUGAUCUGGAUGCUGCAGCUGGGAGUGGAGUCAAGAUUCCUUCCAAACCUCAUACUGCAACUAUCGCCGGACGACCCAGCACAGCUCUUCGCGGCAAUAUCCUAGAGGCCAUCCACCUUGCUUCUGCUCAUUUGGCCUUUGACCACAUCGAUCGAGACAUGGUCCACACGGGCACGUCCAUCAUCGUCAUUACCCCAGGGAGUGGCGUGUUUGAAGUCUCCUAUGAGUCCCUAGCCUCGACGACAGAAGCGCUGGCAAACCGUGGAAUAGCCAUCGACUUGGUCUGCUUGAGUCCUAUGCCCCUUCAUUCAGUACCUCUGUUCAAGUACCGAGAACCCGUGGAACGACAGUCAGGUAACAUGACAGGCACGUCUCAUACCCCCAAAGGCAACAUGUCGCCAGAGGUGCACCAUUCAAUAUCAAGUCUUGUCAGCAGAUCUUCCUAUCUCUCUCCGAGCUCUUACCUCUCCACCAUGAGAAUGCGAGAACAAGGAAGUGCCCGAUCGAGGGAUUGGAACUACGGUAUUCCUCACUGGCUUGACAUCUCCUACUGGAACCCCGAAACGUACCGAGAAGCGCGACGAAUUCUAAAGAACGACCCCAACGCACCAAUUCCGUUUACCGUCACUCGGCCAUCUAAAGCCUUUACUCCGCGUGUUCGUAUGUACGAGAUCCAGAUGAUGGGAGUCAUGGAGAGUGAGCAAUCGAACAUCUCCGUUCCCUACCUCCUUGAAGGACGCGACAUGUCACGUCUUCGUGGAUCCUGGCCUGGGCCUAGCCCGAUCGUCCGCGCCCCUCCCAGAACUCGAUUCGCCCCUUCGUCGCUAAAGGCCCAAUACAGUGAUAGCCUUCGGCCGGAGCCAUUCCUCGAAAAUAUUACCGACCAGAACGAAAUCAAGGCCAAUGAACAGCCAAAGUCACGCAAAUCCGUGAUGACAUGGAUGGAUCAGUAUGAUGAUAACAUCUUCUCCGUAAGACCGAAGCAUCGUCAACUUCAAAAGCCCAAAUCCAAACGUUUGAGUGAGCCCGAGGUUCAAGCUGCCGGGGCACAUGAACGGAUAUCUGCACGAUCAAUAUUGCGCUUGCGAGAGCAAGAAAUGGGCGUGAAUGAACACAACCAGUCUUUGCGUCCACGCAGACUUGAUGGGUCGAUAUCCACCUCUAAAAGCCCUGUCAUUGUCUCUUCGAACAGUCCGUCGCCGGGCAAGCCCGCAUUGAAACCCACGGCGGCCCCAAAGAGCUCGAGGAUUUCAAGGACAAUCAGCUUCGCACUGCGUGGCUUGAGUGCUACUCCUCCUCGGGCUCAAGCAAGCACAGGCGUCCAUGUUGAGCAUGCCAACGCACUGCCAAUGUCAAACCAGCGGGCACCUGGUGGGACGUUCUCUGACACAAAGAGCAUUACCUCUCUGAGCCUUUCAGAAUCCACAUCCACCCCUACCAUCGUUGAUCCGUCGUCAAGACCAUCCACUCCUCCCAAAAUGCAUUCCGAUUCCAAGGUGACACCUUCGAAACCAAUCUCUAUCAAAGCUCCACUCAAAAAAUCGGAGACUGCGGAACAGCCUGAGCGGGACGGGGCCCAAGGCUCGCUCCCCACAUCCACAGCCGAGGUACCAUUCAAUGAGGAAGGCCGUGAAGAAGGGCCAGGCCGGCCCAAUGACCACAAGAUCGAAAUCACGCUCAACCAUGGCUCCCGUGACGCGUCCGUGAGAAGCUCACCAAGCAAAGCGUUGUCCCCAUGGGUUCGAUCUGUCAACCCUUGUAAUACUCCGAAGGAUGUAUUGCGCAAUACCAGCUGGUUUGGUCGUUGGCAGCAUGCAUAUCCACGCCCUCCCCAUGUCGCUGUGGUCAAGUGGAAGAGCCUUAAGUCGCCUGCAGUUCUUCCCUUGACGACAGAGGAGUUCCCCACACCCGGUGAGCUUGCCUCUGAUUACCUGCAAACACCAUACCGUGUCUUUCCAAAUGACGAUGCGGAUGGGUACGAAUCACCCAAGUCACGCGGGACUCUUCUGCGCGAGAUGAUCUCACUUCGAUUGUCCCAUGGUUUCCAGAUCGUCAUUGGAAAGACUGUUGCUGAAGUCUCGUCUCAACCCACACUUGAGUCAUUGAAUGUCUUCGACACCCGGGGACUCGAACGUGAUGGUGUCACUGUCUUCCUCUCCAAAGGAAACGCCAUUCACCGUCUUAUCUGCAUACACGGGGGAGAAAUCGAGGUGACUCGGUUCACACAUCAAACAACUGCCGCGCUCGCAUCUUCCAAGAGGGUCAACUUCACUCUCUAUCAGCCGGCUAUGAGGACAAUUCUCAAUCCGGAGUACGAAAUGAAAGAAAUUAAACUGGAUCCCACUGCCGAGGAAUACAACUGGAACUACGCCGACAAUUACGUGGCUGGUCACAGGGAUUAUUUACACAACCCAGCACAGCAGCUACAUUUCUGGCGAAUUCGAUACGUGUUGAUUCCAAUGCAACUUCAUUCCAACUCACGGCGGCAUCUGCAGUCCUAUAAUGAGGAUAAUGAAGAGGAGAUCCAUCUGCUGGGUAUCAGCCAGCUGACCCAUAUCUGGCAACGUCACAAGUACGUGUCGCCGGAGGAGAAGCGUUUCGACUCGUCGACAAAGAAGCGAGAUCAGAACCCGCUCAAUAUAAUUUAUCAGACGCGCAACCCAUCCGAGGUUGUCGCGGCGGAACUUGACCGGGUGCUACUCACCGACCCAAGACUCGACAAUCUACCGGCUCAGCUGUUACCCGAGUCCGAGCUUCUUGAGAGGUCCAGCGUGAAUCUGUCGUCGCUCGCGCAGCGGAUCCAGGGAGAGAAGGGUGUGCGAAUGAUGGACCGCCGCUGGCAUUGGAGACUCCACUACAACUGCUUCAUUGGCUUCGAGUUGACGACGUGGCUGCUGCAGAACUUCCGGGACAUCGACACGCGUGAUGAGGCGGUUGAAUUCGGUAACGAGUUGAUGAAGCAUGGCUUGUUCCAGCACGUUGAGAAAAGACACAAUUUCCGUGACGGCAACUACUUCUAUCAGAUCUGCCCUGAGUAUCGUACCACGCGUCCGGAGUCUCGAGGCAGCUGGUUCCCACAGCUGCGAGCGGACAAGUCAAUGCCCUCGACUCCUGCAAAUGUGAAGGAUUCCCCGUCGAGUUUACACACCCGCUCCGACAGCACCGACGACCGUGUCCCGCCGACGCCAACUACCCCGUCCAAGGGAAAGAACAAGGUUGCCAUCAUGCUGUCGAAGUCGCUCAAGUACGACGUGGAUAACCGCAAGCGGUCGAACCGACCUGAAGUCAUCGACCUCCACUACGACCGGCUUCACAAUCCCGAUAAUUGUUUCCACAUCGAACUCAGCUGGAUGAAUACAACACCCAAACUGAUCGAAGACGCCGUCCUCUCCUGGGCCUCAACGGCAGACAAGUUCGGCCUCAAGCUAGUCCAGGUCCCAAUUGCCGAGGCCUCCGCAAUCGACAGAACCCAACCAUUCCGCAAACCCUUCAGAAUCAAACUAAAAGUCCCACCACCGAAAGGACCAAUCCACACAGUCUUCAACAACGCCUCCUUCGCACAACCCGGUCCCCCAGACAAACUCUACUACCAAAAGAGCCUGCUCCGCAAAUUCGACUUCGUGCUCGACUUUGAAGCAGCCGCCGCCUUCCCAGUCGACGUCGAAGUCUCCUUCUCCUGGGGCAAACCAGACUACCAAUACCCCCAAUUUAUCCACCGAACAGGAAGCAUCCUAGCCCAGAUCACCGACGAAGGUGACUUCCUCCUGCUCGCCAACCGACUUGUCAGCACGCGUAGUGCCGCAAGCCGCGACGCAGGUCGCCACGAUCCCAACAGAGAGUACCGUGGGCGCACUACGACGCAUGAUGCACUGGACCGUGUCUCGCCACGCCUGUCUCCGCUCACUCGACCAAUCCACGAAAUCGGCAGUCCGCUACCCCCGGGCCCAACAAGUAUCGACUCCGCAAACCUCUACCGCGCCCCGGAGCACAUCCUCACCGGCCUAGCCGAUUUCUGCAACGACGCCGCACAGCUGGAACAAUUCUACAGCGAGAACCACGCCCGCCCAGUCUCGAACAAGGUGGAACCCGCCACGCAUCUGGACGUGUCUAUCCCAUCUCUCGAGCUGCCUGCCAGCGUGGUGAGCCACCAUAUCUCGCCGCCGCCUGGCUUGCCGUCUAGGAUUACGCGGGAUUCGAGGGAAGUGAGGGAUGGAUUGAAGUCGCCUGAGAUUGUGAGGGCGAGGGCAAGGGGUGACAGUCUUAUUGGGAGUCCGAGGAGUCCUAGGAGUGGGGGGUUGCGUCCUCUUAUUUGA